CCCGCUAAAAACCUUUUUAUCGCAUCUCUCAACUGCUAAAAGAAACCGUGUUUUUCCCCUCUUAGCAACAGCUAAAUCAGAUCUAAUCCUAACCUUUCAGCUAAUUGUAUGCUGUCAAUUCUUCAAAUUUUUAUGGAUUAUCACUUAUCAGAUCUUUAUACCAUCAUAUAGUUCAUUAGUUAAGAUCGAUUUAUUCAACUGUUUUUUAUUUUCGGAAAAAUGGGUAAUGCACACUACGUGUUCGACGAAAUGUCUGACUGAGUCCGAGAUAUAUUCUCCACUCUCUAGUACUCCCCUCCUGGUGAAAUGAAAUUUGACCCCAAUAAAAGUUAUUCUCAUUCAAGUCAACGGAAAGCAGCAUGUGGUAUUGCUCCUGCUGUUUCUAUUCUGUGGUUCCGUUGCGACUUUCACACUUGCCGAAUGCACAACUUUGACUAACGACAUUGUCAAUUAUCAAUCAUUGAAUCUUAUAUGAGGUUGAUAUUAUGAAAAUACAUAUUAAGACAAAUCUAACAACAUGUUUGUGAAUAGUGCAAAAGUCAAAGAAACAUGGUAAGUCAAAGAGUUGCGCGCAUUAUAUCAGCAACUCUGAUUGGCUUUCAUUCAACACAAUUCUUUUUUCUUUCCCCCUUAUCAAACUACAUCAUGGCUGAAAGCUUCAUUGUUGAAGCAACUAUGGCGGUCCUCACAACAGUGCUGGGCCGCACAGCUGGAGAGGUCAAGCUUUCAUGGAGGUCCAAAUAUGAUAUUAAAGAGCUUGAGAAAAAGCUGAUUAGGAUCCGUAUGCUCUUAAGUGUUGCUGCUGAUAAGAGAAUUAAUAAUCCUUUAGUUGAUGAUUGGCUUAGUAAAGUGAAAAAUGUUGCUUAUGAAGGUGAUGACUUGCUUGAUGAGCUUGCAUACGAAGCUCUUAAGCGAAGAUUGAAGUUUGCAAAUCAGUCUCAGUAUAAGAAAAAGCUUCGGCUUUUUUUCAAUGUAAGUAGUAAUCCGAUUGUGUUCCGCUUUCAAAUGGGUCAUAAAGUGCAUAACUUAAUGGUCAGUAUAGAAGAUGUUUUUAAAGAUGCUCAAGUGCUUGGCAUUAAACCAGUUGACUUAGCAGAAGGUCCCGGCAAAAGAGUUCCUGAAUUGGAAGAUGUACAACUUCAGGUCCAGCGGGAAUUAGUCACUAGUCGGGGACUCAUUGGAAGGGAUCAAGACGAAGCCAAUAUCGUGAGGAUGUUGUGUAACCCUGGGAAUGCUGACAGAAAUCUUAAUGUGGUUAGCAUUGUUGGAAUGGCAGGUCUUGGAAAGACAGCUUUGGCAAAGCGAGUUUCUGACAGCAAUGAGAUAAGAUAUCACUUCCAGAGAAUAAUAUGGAUAUGUGUUUCACAUGAUUUCAAUCUCAAGUUAGUCUUGAUUGAUUUAGCUGAAAUUAUCAGUGGGUAUCAAUGUAACGGGAGCAAUUAUCAAAAAAUGCUGCUAGAAUUGAGUGAUAAAAGGUAUCUACUUGUGCUGGAUGAUGUUUGGGAUACUAUGUAUAACGUUUGGGAGUCAUUUACUAGUGAACUGUUAAAUAUCCAUGCUUCCAGAGGAAGUGCGAUUUUGGUGACUACACGUAGUUAUCAAGUAGCAAGAUCUCUAGAGACCUGCAGUUACAAUGAGGACUUGGCUACAGAAUUUCCUCAAGUUUAUCAACUGGAGGGCCUGAAUUUUCAAGAUAGCUGGGUGUUGUUCCAGCAAAAAGUACGCGUAAUCCAAACUCCUGGUUCUGAACUAGAGGCUAUAGCGAAAAGUAUGGUUAGAAAGUGUGGAGGUCUUCCGUUAGCGAUAAGGGUCCUUUCGGAUUUGUUAAGGUCUAAGAAUACUAUGAAGGAUUGGAGGGAGAUUAGAAAUAGUGCAAUAUGGAACUCAAAUAUCAACAAUGGUAUCUUACCUUCGUUAAAGUUGAGUUUCAAUUAUUUACCGUCUGCAAGUUUGAAAAAGUGUUUUGCAUACUGUGCAAUUUUUCCUGAAGAUGCCACCAUCAGGAGGGAAACACUGAUUCAACUUUGGAUGGCUCAAGGAUUUUUGCAUCCAGAAGGAGGUAGGAGUAUUAGUCCCCAUAAAAAAAUGGAGAUCAUUGGAAAUGAAUAUUUUGAUACUUUAGUUAACAAUUUCUUUUUUCAAGAUGUGAAGUUGGAUGAUUGGGGUAAUGUCAAAGAAUGCAAGAUGCAUGAUGCUGUUCGUGUUCUUGCAAUAGCGGUGUGGAGACAAGAAUGGGUGACUCUAAGAGAAGGUAUUGAUUUGAAUGCUAUUGGCUCUAAUAUUCGCCAUUUAUCUUUGUUAACUCCAUAUUAUCAUCCUACGCAAGAACAUAUGAAGCACUUACGAACGUUAGCAUCUGAAAAUUUCAAAAGUGGUGUGCCUCAAACUCUACUGGUGCAUGCAAAGUGCUUGCGAGUCUUGAGUUUAGUACAUUGCAACCUAAAAGAUCUGCCUGACUCAAUUAGUCUCCUGAAACUUCUAAAGUACCUAGAUAUAUCAGAAAAUUGCAUUACAUUGAUACGUAAAGGAUUAGUUAACAGGCUUUAUCAUUUGCAAACCUUGAGGCUUCAUUGCAUGAGAUUAGGAUCAACAUUUCCUACAUUACCAAAAGAGUUGAGUAGAUUAAUCAAUUUGACGUAUGUUUGUAGUCAUAAAUCUUCUUCAAUGGGUGACUUUCUCAAAAUACCCUUAGUGAGCUGUCUAGAGAACCCAACCCUGGUUAGCGGUCACAGUUGGGGUGGGACAAUAAGUGACCUAGAGCCCUUGAAUAAUCUUUGCGGAAGCUUAGCUUUGUGGCAACUUGAGCUAGUCACAAGUCGAGAAACAGCAAGAAAGGCAAAUCUAUGCAGCAAGGGGAAUCUAAAGUGUUUGGACCUGGCAUGGUCAUACUCUAACCGUGCUACAAACAAUAUAAACAUCUGUGAAGAAGUGCUAGAAGAGUUGCGGCCUCAUGAAAAUAUAGAAGCUCUUAACAUUUGGUAUUACAAAGGCGCGAACUUUCCUUCCUGGUCAUCAGAACUUUCUAGUCUCAUGCAGAUCAAAAUAUACUACUCUCGGAAUCUCAGGUGGUUGUCGCCAUUUUCUGUACUACCUUCUCUUAAGGUGCUGGUAGUGUGGGGUUGUGAUAGCCUUACAACUUUCCCACAUUUGAAUGGCCUUAACUUUCUUGAGAAAUUGCAGAUUGGGAGAUGUCCGAGUUUAAUAUGUCUUCCAGAUGUGAAGGAUUUGACUAAACUUCACACAUUGGAGAUACAUAACUGUGGGAAGAUCACUACAUUGCCAAAAGGUUUAUCUGUCCUUUCUAAUCUCACACAUAUGGACAUUGGUCUGCUGAGUCAAGAUCUUCAUUAUUUCCCUUUCCCUGCAGAUAUCACUGCCUCUUGUCCCCUUGCUAAAUCGCUUCGAAAACUGCGGUUGGUAGGGUGGCCAAAUCUGGGCAAUUUGCCUGACCAGCUUGUACAUUUUACUGAGUUGCAAACUUUAAGUAUUGCUAAUUUUGCAGCCUUGGAAUAUCUACCUAAUUGGCUGGGAAUCCUCAAUUCCCUGGAGAUAGUUCAGCUUGAGAAUAUGGUUAACUUAAAACGUGUGCCUUCCAGAUAUUAUAUGCGGCCUGCUACUAGAUUUCGUGGCUUUUGGUUUCAGCCUUUCCAUUGUCCUUACUUGGUAUGAGGCAUGGAAGGGGAAAUAUCCAAACAUAGUUUUUUGUUGCUCUUUUUAUUAAGUUGUUGCUCACUUAAUUGACUAUUUCAUCAAGGUAUAUUGAUGAAGAAAGAAAGUGAAAGACUUGGGUUGCAACUGUAUAUGAUAUGUCUUGAAUAAUUACUCCCUCCAUCUCAAAAUAUGUUAUGUCGUUUUUCAAGACACAUUUUUGUUAACCAAUAUCUUUAGAUAUGUAUUAAUAUACAUUUUAAUUGAAGUUUACAUUGAUAAAAGGAGUCAUAGCUGACCAGUUGUAUUACUUCGAUUCUAUAACGAAAGAAGUGGGUAAGAG